AUGGACACUGUCGAUGCCGCCGGAAGCAACUACAGCAAAAUCAGACACGACAGCCACCUUCCUGAAUCCCUCCAUGGGGCCGGUCAGGCUCUGCAAUCUGUCCAGAGCGCCCUCGGAUGUGUCCAAGGUCGAGUAGGAGUAUAUGGAGACUCGGUUGGGAGCUGUCUUCAGUCACUGACAGCAUGCCACGCCAAAGCAAAACUCUCUGAGGAGAUUUUCAUAGACGUUGCCCAAGCUCGCACCGAUCGGAGGGUCGAGGCUUACGGGGAGGCUGUCAGAAGGAAAACUGGCGGGAGGAUGAUUGAGCAAUUGGCCCAAGGGAUGGUGGCUGAUCUAUGUAUUCUGGUGAGCCACAGCACGGCCAAGGGAAUCAUGGAAGGGCAAAUGGAACAGCUACGGGCAGAGAUGGAAAGGCUGUCGAAGAUGGAGCCCUCCAUAUCACCAACACGGCCGCAUAACCAGUUCUCCAGCUAUGGCUCGGGGAACCAAUUCAAUGCUACUGGGGGGACUCAGAACAACAAUACAGGAAACGGCAACCAGUUCUCUGGGGCAACCUUCACUGGCCCGGUCAGUUUUGGCAAGAAUGCAUGA